AUGUCAUUGAGCUACUACAACUUCGGCGACUUUACACGCUCAUUUUUGUUGAUCAACCCAGCGUACUUUGCUUCUUUCGGUAUUUUUUUCUCUGUUGCAUUUUCAGUCCUCGGGGCGGCUUGGGGCAUUUUGUUGACUGCUUCCUCAUUGAUGGGUUCGUCAAUUAGAACAACUUUCCGUUCAAAACACCUUAUCUCGAUUUUGUUCUGCGAGGCGUGUGCUAUCUACGGUGUUAUUUCUGGUUUUAUCUGCUUCGGAAAAUUGAAAGAGACGCCAUACCCCGCCUCAGCUGACCAAUACAAUGCUGGUUACAUGAUCUUUGGUGCUGGCCUUUCGGUCGGACUUUGCAACUUAGGGAGUGGUGUGAGUGUAGGUGUUGCUGGGAGUGGAGCUGCGUUAGCUGAUGCACAGAACUCGUCUCUUUUUGUUAAGAUGUUGAUUGUCGAGAUUUUCGCGUCCGCCCUUGGGUUGUUCGGACUCAUCGUCGGUGUUGUGCAAACCGUCCAAGUCAGUUUCAAUUGA